AUGGACCCUUUAAUUGUUCAUGCAACUGAUAAAAGUAAUGCGACUGAUAAAAGUAAUGCAGCUGAUAAAAGUAAUGCCAAUUUAAGACGCGAUCUUCGCAGAAAAAAAAUAUUGGAUGAUGCUAAAAUACGUCUUGAAAAAUUGAAUGGCAGAGCUGCUUCACGUGAAACGGAUCUUUUCGACGAUGGAACACCAACUGUACUAUAUUCCGAUCCAGAGGUUGAACCAAGUAUCCCAAGUGGACGUAUUUUUUUACCGGAUGCUAAAUCUUCAAAAACCGGCAAAACAAAUUUGAUAAUAAAAAGAAAAGGUCAUAUUUUUUUAGCAUCUUGCUUGGGAUACUUAUUAGCUUUUUACACAGAAGGCAGUUUUUUUUUGCCGUUCAUUUUUUGUACAUCUUUGGAAUUAGUGUUUGGCAAAUAUCUAAAUCGAAAUAACAUGUCACAUAACAUGUCGUUUUUUCUGUUGUCUUUGGGUACAAACUUUAGCACCAAAAUUCAGCAGUUCAGCCAUGUUUUAACAAUUCUUCAAUCUAUCUUAGCUAAUCUUGCAGUAACUGUUUGUAUUUUAUGUACGGUCAGUUUUUUGUUAUUUCCAUUUAUGGAAAAUAUUAUUUUUUUAAAUAAAGUAAAAUGAACUACCAA